AUGGCAUCAGAGGCUAAGAACCAGCAUCGUGCCAAUGCAGCCAAAGCUGCUCUGGAGGAAUGUCAGUCCGAUUGGGCUAUGCGUCAUGGUGCGAUACAGAAGAGUGGCAUGUUUCAGUGUGGAAAAUGCAGGAAGAGUCAGACGACAUACUUUCAAAUGCAGACUCGUUCUUCUGAUGAGCCUAUGACUACGUUCGUUACCUGUUUGAACUGCGGCAACAAGUGGAAGUUCUGCUAA